AUGAAUAUUCAAACAUUGACAUCUCCAAAAUCGUACUCUAACAGCAAUAGCAGCAGUAGAAACUAUCUGAAUGCUUGUCCUUCCGAUGAUGCAGGAUUACUGAGAUAUUCAUCAUCACCACCAGCAACAUCAUCAUCGUCUCCAGCAGGACUACUACGUUAUAGCUAUCAUAGAGAAUCCACAUCACCAUCACCAUCAUCCACAGCUACUGAUCUUCAAUCUGUGGUAUCAAAAUAUCAUGCAAAUCCAGAGCUAUUGAAACUCAUAUUAGCAAGUAAAGUGGAGGAGGAUAAACGCAGAACAGAAGAAGCUAAAUUGAAAGCGAAAGAGCUCGAUCUAUACUUUAAAAAUCAACAAGAUCACUACAAAUCUAAUCGGAAUCACCAGCAGGAAGCCUUUAUUUUACAGCAACGACGUAGGCGCUCUUCAGCUAGCAGCAAUAGUAGUACAAGUAGCAAUAGUAAUAAUAAUGCGGGGGAAUCCAUACACCGAAGAAUUGCUCCGUACGCAAUUCCUAGGCCCAUUGUCAUGUCACCUCCGUCAAGAAGAAACUCAUCUGCCUCUGCUUUACUCUCGAUGAAUCAGCUCUCCAUCAGCAGUUCAAACACACCAUCACUCUCCACAUCUGCUCCGGCAAACACAAAUCUAUUUCCCUCCCCCACAGCUUCCAUGUCAUAUAAUAGUAGACCUCAAGAACCAGUGCAGAAGAUCUCUCGCAGAAGAAGAUCAAUGCAGGCCAUUACAAAGAUAGUUGAAACAACUGAAUUCCCGUAUGAUGACCGUCAUUUCUGGAAAAACAACGGAAAUACUGUACAAAAAAAGACAGGCUGCAAAAGUGUCUAUUACAAAUGCGCCAACAGUUGCAAGGGAUGUCCUGUCAAUAAAACUGUGGUGGAGCAGCCAGGUGGAAGUUACAUUAUAAAAUAUAGAGGCGACCAUAUAUCUGAAUGCUCUCAAGUAGAGCACAUUAGAGAUUUGUAA